AUGGCAAUGAUGAUAAUAUUUGUAAGAGGGAAUGAAGAUGAACGUUAUAGAAGCGUGGGAGGGAAGAAAUUGGCAUGGCGGACAGUGGUUGUGGAUCAGAGCGGCCAUGGAAAUUUCUCAACCAUUCAAGCCGCCAUUGAUUCUGUUCCUUCAAAUAAUAUGUUCUGGGUCUCCAUUCAUAUCAACCCUGGUAUUUACAGAGAGAAGGUGAAAAUCCCAUAUGAUAAGCCGUAUAUCAUCUUGAAAGGACAAAGAAGAAAAACAACAAAGGUUGUCUGGAACGACCAUUUCACUCUUGCUCAAAGUCCUACUUUCACUUCUUCAGCUGAUAAUGUUGUCGUUAAAUCCAUCACUUUUGUGAAUUCGUUUAACUUUCCAUGGACUAAUGGAAAUCGAAGAGCUCCAGCAGUUGCAGCUAUGAUCACUGGCGAUAAGGCUUUGUUUUAUAAAUGUGGCUUCUAUGGUGUCCAAGAUACCUUGUGGGAUGAUCAAGGUCGACAUUAUUAUCAUCGUUGCGUCAUUCAAGGUGCUGUCGAUUUUAUUUUCGGAAGCGCUCAAUCCAUUUUUCAGGGAUGUUCGAUAUCAGUGGUGGGAGAAGCACUUCUUCCAUUGGGGUCUACAAGCUUCAUAACAGCACAAGGAAGAACAGACCCAAAUGAUGCAAAUGGGUUUGUUUUCAAAGAUUGCAAAGUGUUUGGGAGUGGCUCAGCUUUCUUAGGAAGGCCAUGGAGAGGCUACUCAAGGGUUAUCUUUUACAAUUCUAGCUUCUCCAACGUCAUAAACCCUAGUGGUUGGGAUCCUUGGCAUUUUGUUGGUCAUGAGGACCAAUUAACCUAUGCAGAGUAUGGUUGCUACGGACCAGGUUCCGACAUGUCGCAUCGAGUAAAAUGGGAAAAGAAGCUGGAUUUGGAUGAAAUACAACAGCUAACCGACAUGAGUUUUAUCGAUACUGAAGGUUGGAUGCAAGAUCAACCUUGGUAA